GCGCGCAUUUCGUUGGUGAAGUUACAGACUCCACAAUUCCACACGUCUGCUUCCUGUUGCAUUGUUGAAAAUCAAUCAGUAAAUCAAUCAUCUAAAUGGCUUACAGAGAAGAACUUCAUUCAUCUUCUGAAGAUGAUUCAAGCAGUGAUACUGAUGAGGAUGAAAUUUGUUGGAAACGAAGGAAAUCAGAUAGUCGACCUUCACCAAUGGAAAAAGAUAACAAUGAUGAAAAUACUCCGAAUAAACCUGGAAAAAAACGUCCUCUUUGGUUAAAUUUUGCCAAUGAAAUGCUACUGAAAGAUGCCUUAACAUCGACUCAUCUAUUCGAAAAACUUGAUAGCGGUAGAGGUGUUGAAAGUUAUUUAGUUAAAGAAGAUUCUAGUGAUGAAGGCAGCCCUGAUAAACUACUCAGUCGGCGAAAAUUACCUAUAAGAGGGUCUACGAAGCCUACAGUCCUCUCUCUCAGACAACAACUUGGUCCACUUUCAUGGGAUCAAUCAGUAGGCCGAAGUCAUAUAGAUGUUACCUUUGACAGUCCACCUGAUCGUGUUGCAGAAACAAUUAUCAGGUUAUUGAAGGAACCUAAUGAAGAUUUAAUACGACGAACAGUUGAUAUUCUUGGUGUUCAACGAGCACUUGAAUUUUAUUACCUUACUGAAGACGUUGAAAAUAGUGGAGGUCUAUAUUUAAUGGAUGGAUCCCGUAGACGUUCUCCUGGUGGCGUAUAUCUUAACCUGAUUAAACAUUCCUAUUCUGUCAAAGAAGAAGAGAAAAAAAUCAUCUUCCUGAUUGAUAAGCAAAUAAGGGAUAAAAUGAAAAGGAUUCGUAAGCGCCAUCGUCGUAAACGACGACAACUUGAAAAGUUGAAAAAUCUACCCAGAAUCCGAGAUAAUAAACCAAUAAAACCAUUCCAUGAGACAAACUUUCCUUCUCCGAUAGAUGCAGAUAAUUUAGAAGAACCAUUUAUUUUAGAAGAUGAACCUGAAUCUCCUGUAACAACAAAAAUGGAUACAACAACACCGCCUGGAAGCCCUUGUAGGAAAUCACCUGAUUGCAAUGAAUCUUUGGAAGAAGGUGAAUUACCAUCAAGCGAUGAUGAUACAUAGAUUUAUUUUUGUGUUAAUUUACUUUUUACUAGUAUUAUUAUUUAUUACUAUUGUUAUUAUUAUUGUUUCUUUACUGAAUUACAUGCAUUUAUGUAUAA